UUCUGAGUAAUUUUCCAUUCGAAAACGAAAGAAGGGCACUCUAUAUAUAUCUAUAUAUAUAUAGAAGGGUAACCUAUGUGUAGAUAUACAUCACGAGGUAAAAGGUGCUUGUUAAACUCGACUAGAAAGCAAUGAAGCUACAAAAGAUUUUGUUAUUGUGCGUUUUGAUUCUCGCAUUCAUCGAGAUGGAUUUUUCAGAAGCCGCUCGAGGAGGGCGCAGUGGAAGUCGCGGUAGCAGCAGUUCACGAUCGCGCAGUACUUCAAGAAAUAGUGGAUCUAGUAGAUCUAGGUCGUCAGGGGGAAGUAACACCGUUUACAAAACCACCAAAUACACACCGAUCCCAGCUACGAGUAAGCGUUCGCCGGUCAUUGUAACUCAAACAACAAAGGGCUUGCGCACAAACACUUUUACGAAGGUUUUCUUCGGCUAUAUGGUGGUUCGCUACACUUUAGGCAAUGCCAAAGUUUACCGGUACGGGUAUCCCAUGUACCGAAGCUACGUCAUCAUUCCCAAAGACCGAGCUGUGAGGCUUACCUCUGAAGAAAGCAAACUCAUGGAUGCGGAUGGCAACUUGUGUGUGAACGAAACGAAGAAAGGGAAGAUGCAAAAUCUACGAGAGGGAAUCGACGAAUAUUUACUGGAACUCAACACAACAAUCAUGUACAAAAAAACCGGAGAUGUACUCAGACGUACAGGAAUCAAUCAAACGGUGUCUCUAAAGGACAUCAAAGACGAGGAUUUUGUGCUCACGAGCAAUGCUCGGUACAACAUAACCAUCGUAAAUGGAACAAACUGCACACAACUCGAGAAGAAAGUUGAAGGAACCAUGGUGAUCAUGUACCAAACCAAUCCGAAUACCGCGGGCACAGUUUACAUCAGUUGUAAACUGCUUCUCGCUGGAAUUGCGCUUCUUCGUUUUCUUAAUAUGUAAAGAUUCGAAUUUUACUGCAAAAUAGUUUUACUAGUAAUUUGCAACUCGCUAUAUUUGUAUUUUAAAGGUAAAUGUUUCUUUAUGUAAAUAAUACUGAUCGAUAUGUAUCCAAAAGCAAUUUUAAUCCAGAUAUUAUUGCAGUUGCAAUAACUCAAUGAUGGUUUUUUUUUUCAAAGCGUUGAUUUAAAUUUGUAAAAUAUUUCAUAUCAACAGUAAUAUGGUAAAUAAGACAAGGCUUGGGACUCUAAAAAGCAUCUGUCUUUUCUAGUGAUAAGUAUGAAAUUAUUAAUAAGUAGGUUUCUUGCUGAGUGAUAAUUUAAGAACCUUUCGCGUUAGCAACUUAAUAGUCUUUUUUAAUACUCUGUUUUUUUUUA